GAAUAAUAGCGAUCUUGGAAUAAGCAUGGGAAGCAUAAAUCAUGCACCAUUUACAAUGCUGAAAAAAGUGCUCAAUUAUCGUAUUUAGCUCUUUAUUAAGGAGGAAAAGUUCUUUACAGUGGUACUCUUGUUUCGAGUCGCAGGUGCCAAUAAUAAAAUGAAUAGACAAAGGUCGCUGGAAAAGUACCAGGUCAAGAAUUUACACAGCAAUUGUAACUGGUGAAACCUCAAAAAUCUUUCUAAAAAUCGUAAAAACAACGUUCCUAUAACAGUUCCAGUUUGUAGUUCAUAAAGGAACAAAUUCCAGCAAUAAUUUUAUGUCCCGGCCGGAUAUACCGAAUCGAGUCCGAUGACAGCGACGUCUCUCGACAACACCCAUAACCUGCACCAAUAAUAUAGAACUUUUCCUACUUCCCCGCCGCCGCCACUUACGCUGUUAUUUUUCAGUUGGAUGAAUCAACCCAAAUCGAGAUUCACUCAUUCGCACUAGUCAAAAAGUUAUUUAUUGUCAGUAGCGUUUAAUCAUAAUUAAGAUGCCGGCAACAGCAACGCAUAAAUUCAUCACGUUUCUCGGAUUCAUAUCAAUAUUACACGCGGCAUAUUCCGCAGCUCAACAUCGAGCAUAUCUUCGAAUCACUGAGCAGGAGUUCACGACUCUCCCCAUCGAUAUAAUGAUCCAAGGAGUCGUCAGUCUGUUCAUCGUAAUGUAUGGAGCAAUUUACAUUGCUGGUGAUUUCAAAGAAAUCCGAGCAGUCGUUGACUUAGAAAAUAAAUCGUGGGAGACAUUACGCAAUUUGCCAUCUUUCCAAAUCUUCAACCAUCGAGGACGAUCUUUAUCACCUGAAUACUAUCCUUCGCUUGAGAUCAAUGAAUAAUUUUUUCAUAAGUUCACAGUUAUGGAUAAAUGUCUUAUACAAUUAAAUACACAUGGAUUUUAUUUAAUUCAGAAAAAUCGUUAUUCCCUCAUUUUAUACAUAAUAGUAGGUAAAUGUUAAUUUCGAAUAAAAAUUCAACCACAACACUGAAUAAAAAAUUGAUUGGAAGAUUUGCUAAAAAAAAUGAGAUUCUCAAAGGUUUUCAAAUGUUGCAUAAAAAUCGAGAAAAAAUAUUGAAAUCUGACAUCUGUGGAGUAUAAACUGAACACGAUAGAAAAGGAAAAAAUUAUUCUGCAAAUCAAAAUCAUUAGUGAAUGAGCUUUCAUAAAUUUCAAAUAAUUUAUUGAAACAGUUUAUUAAUCAGCAAAAAAACAUUGUAGAAUUAAUAUCUCUUGAUCAUCAUUCACCAGUGAUCUUGUUGUACCGCAGUGAACCUAUUCUUAGGACGCAAAACACCUGUAUUUUCAUUAUAAUCGUUCGUUUAUUUGAUGCGAAACAUUAAAAAAAGUCCUUUUUAUCGCUA